UCAGCUGUAACUCAGAAAUACCUCCCUCCUGCCCCAUCUGGAGCAAAGAUGUGAGUUUCUGUUGCAAUCUGGGAAAGACUCUACAUUUCUGUCCAAGGGGGAAGUAGAGGAGUCUUCAGUGCAUGGAUGAACAGCAUGGAGACGUCGGUGGACGCAGCGAGAUCUCACACCUCAAACACCCACUGCAACCCGCUGUUUGGCAUGUCCCUGGGCAGGAAUGAGCGCUACAGCUUCCAGACAGAUGAUCUGAAGCCAGCUAAACCCAGGCGACAGUGGUGUUUGAACCUGAUCGUUGUCUACAUCAUCUUACAGACAGCGCUGAACGUGUUUCUCAUCUAUAAAGUUUUUACUUUGGAGCGCUCGGCCACAUCCACACCAGCGAAACUGGACUCUGACGGUAGUUCUAUGGAGUACCAGUGUGGGGAGGAUGGUCAGCUGCAGCGCCUGAGAGCAGACCUGAACCUGCUUAAUAGCAGCAACAAAGACCUGGAGAGUAAGAUGAGCAGCAUGAACCUGGUGGCAGGUCCUCCUGGUAGAACUGGGCUGCCUGGACAACCAGGAGCACCAGGAGAGAAAGGACCCAAAGGUGACGCUGGGGCUGCGGGACCCCCAGGAAUCAGAGGACAACAAGGAGCAUCUGGUGAAUCUGGUACCAGAGGUCCUCCAGGAGAUCAGGGUGAAAAGGGAGAGACAGGAAGCCCCGGGACCCCAGGAGUGAAAGGAGAGCCUGGACAAUCAGGAAUUCCGGGACUAAAAGGAGACAAUGGAGAUAUUGGUCUUCAAGGACCGCCAGGUUCGGUUGGACUGAGCGGUUUCAACGGAACCGAGGGUCCUCCUGGACCACCAUGUGCUAAAGGAGAGAAGGGAGAGCAGGGGAAGGACAUGAUCAUACGUCUCGUACCUGGGAAAAACAGAGGACGAGUGGAGGUCAGAUACAAUGAUAUCUGGGGAACCGUCUGCGAUGACAAUUUUGGAACUCCGGAUGGCCAGGUGGUGUGCAGGAUGCUGGGCUUCAAGUCAGUCAUUUCCACCUUCACAGCUACCCCAGGCACCGGAAAAAUCUGGCUGGAUGAGCUGGGAUGCACGGGAACAGAAUCAGACAUAUUUCACUGUGUGAGCAACGUAGUUGGUGUCAACAACUGCAAUCAUGAUGAGGAUGCCGGCGUGCACUGUGUAUAGGACAGAACAGAGAAGAAAACCUGGAUUUCAGCUGUUCUACACACUCUGGUCUGAAAGUUAAUCAUGUCCUGGCUGGACCAGGUUGGAUUGUCAUCCAUAAUCAAAACUGCUGAGCAGAGAUCUGAACCCCUCCUACUGCAGCUGAUACGGCUUCAUCUCUGUUUCAUGUAACUCCAUGCUGUUUCUUUUCUUUCUGCUGAGGUUUCUGAACAUUUUCAAUCACAUCUUCAGUGAUUCGUUGCUCCACGUUAACCUUACUGUCAUUUGGUGAAAGAUUCAAGUAAUCCACAGUGUUUUCUGCAAAUAAUAACUCUUCUCAUGAAUGAUUUUUGUGAAGGGACUUCAAAUGGCAUGAGCUGCUUCAAUCACAGUUUGAUUCAAACAUAAACAAUAUUUCAAAAUGUAUAUUAAAAGAUAACUGUGAUAUGACUAAAUUGCCAUGAAUUAAAGAUUACUAAACUGUC